CAACGAAGCCCAAAACUACCAUGAACCCAAGUUCUAAGCUGCUCUACUCAUAAACCCGCGCUUCGUUGAUUGGUUUCAUUCCCCCGCCUCUCCAAGACUCCAACUAGAGCGACGAGCUCAAUCGACUGGCGGCGACGGCGAUUUACCUCCGAUCUCAACUCUAGUUUUCUCAGUACUCCGCCGCAAGAUGAAGCUCGUUAGGUUUUUGAUGAAGCUGAACAACGAGACGGUGUCAAUCGAGCUCAAGAAUGGAACUGUGGUUCAUGGAACCAUCAUAGGGGUUGAUAUUAGUAUGAACACGCAUUUGAAGACGGUGAAAAUGACGCUCAAGGGGAAGAAUCCAGUGACCCUCGACCAUCUAAGCUUGAGAGGCAACAACAUUCGCUACUAUAUCUUGCCGGACAGCUUGAACUUGGAGACUUUGCUUGUGGAGGAGGCUCCGAAGAUUAAGCCCAAGAAGGCUGUUGCUGGGAGGGCUGUCGGACGUGGCCGAGGGAGGGGUCGUGGAAGAGGCCGUGGUCGUGGUCGUUAAAUCGUCUUUAAUAUGGCUGCGCAUCAAGUUUCCAGGAUCAGUUAGGGACUUGAGAGAAGUGAAAACUCGUUGUAAGUUUUGAUUUGCGCUUAGAGAAUUUGAAUUUGGAGAAAGAACUGCCUUCAGCUCUGAUAUGAGUUUAUGUCAUGAGGUUUGGGUUGUUUAUAUACUGGUGUUUGUAGACGUGGUAGCUAAUAGUGCAAGUUUGGAGGAAGUGUUGAGAUGGUGAAAACUGCAGCUUUGUAGGGCUUCGAUUGUUUGAUUCCAUUGAUGCUGCUUUUUCUUCCGAAAGACUACUGAUCAUGUACUAUGCUGAAAGACUUAUUUCCGAUGAAAUUUAACAAGCAUUUGUGCUGCCUAUGUUCUAGAUCGAGUUGACCUUGGUUGUUAUUCCCUGGGUCCAGGUUUAGAUUAUG